AGAAAAACUUUUGGAAUAAAAAAGGUCAAGGCCAUAUAUGUAAGUAACAUUUGCCAUGUGGGCUUUACUUUUAAAUACUGCAAAGAACGGGUUUGUUAUUAGAAGAAUACCACAUAAAGCAUUCAGUGUUUACUCUACGAUAAGUGGUCCGAUCAGGUUAAUUGGGAAAAAUGACAAGAUAUUGCACGAAAUUGCACAUAAUCGAGAGCUUCUGUCAAAUAUUCUAUCAAUAAACGCAAGACAUUUACAUACAUCUCAAUCACUGCUUAAAAAGGAUGAAUCUAAAGUAGAACAAGCUGUAAAGGCUUUAAAAGAAAGUGUAGAAGAGCAAACAAAAGAUGGCAAAGACGAAAAUGAGCAAACAAAGUCCUUAUCGACUAGAACAGUGGAAAGUGUAAAACCGGCAACCGUGAUCCCGAAAAAGAAAUUAAGCCAACGAAUUAUUGAUGAAGUAAAGCAUUAUUACCAUGGAUUUCGAUUGUUAUUUAUUGAUGUUCGUGUUUGCUCUCGUUUAAUUUGGCAAGUGCUAAAUGGAAAAACGUUAAGUAGACGAGAGAGAAGACAACUCGUUACAACGACUUCUGACCUAUUCCGCUUGGUUCCAUUUCUUGUAUUUAUGAUUGUUCCUUUCAUGGAAUUCUUAAUACCGGUCGCUCUUAAACUUUUUCCAAAUAUGUUGCCUUCAACUUUCCAAGAUGAGAAUCGAGAAAGUGAGAAAAUAAAGAAAAUGCUAAAAGUUCGACUCGAAAUGGCAAAGUUUCUACAGGAUACUAUCGAGGAUACAGCUCUAACGAAAAAGAGAGCUGGAAAAAUAGAUGAAGAUGAAACAAAGCUGGAAGAAUUCCAUAAAUUUAUUGAAUCUAUCAGAACUUCAGGUACUCUUGUUUCUAAUGAACAAAUUCUCAAAUAUUCGAAAUUAUUCGAAGAUGACAUUACAUUAGACAGUCUUAAUCAAGGACAAUUAAAGGCUUUAUGUCGUUUAUUGGGAAUCCCUGUGCUGGGAAAUAACACUCUUCUUCGUUUUCAACUUAGAAUGAAACUUAGGCAAUUGGAAGCUGAUGACAGGAUGAUAAAAAAUGAAGGCAUAGACUCCUUAACUAUUUGGGAAUUGCAAGAUGCUUGUAGAGCUAGAGGAAUGAGAGCUCUUGGUCUUUCUGAAGAAAGAUUGAAAUCGCAAUUGGCAUCUUGGCUUGAUUUGCAUUUGAAUAAUCAAGUACCCGCUUCACUGCUACUGCUAUCAAGAACUUUGUUUAUGGUUGAAAAUCUCUCAACUGAAGCGCAAUUGGCAGCAACAUUAUCAGAGUUACCACACCAAACUGCUGAUAGUGCUAAAAUUAAAAUCACUGAGGCAAUUGGAGAGCGUAUUGACAAUAAGACUAAAUUAGAGCUCAUUAAGAAAGAGGAGGCUGCAAUUAAAGCUGAAGCAAAGGAGAUAGCGGAAGAGGAAGCCAAAAAUAAAAAAGAAGCUGAGCAAGCUGAAGCUGAGUUGAAGGAAAAAGAGACUUCCACCGAAAAAGUUAUUGAUGAAAAACUGAUUAAAAGUGAUGUUGAAGAUAUUCUUGUUGACAAAGCAGAAGAAUUGAAAUCUUCACCUCAAGAAGUCCUCAUAGACAAAGCUGAGGACGUUGCAGAAUCUGAAAAAGAUGAAGAAAUUACCACAACUGAUCUAGAAAAGGUUGAAACUGUGCUUGAAAAAAUUGCUGAAGAAAAAGUUUAUGAACUUGAAACAAAAGAACUAAAAGAAGAUGUUGAAGAGUAUGAUCGAGACUUAGCUGAGUUGAAAGAUGUUGUCAUGACAACUGGAACUUCUGAAGAGCUACAAGAAACUUUAGCAGCCAAGAGAUUACGUUCUCAGGUCAAUAAGCUUAUUAAUCAAAUAGAUACAGUAGUCACGGAUUUCCAUAAAGAAAAAGCAGAAAUUAUAGAAGCAAUAGAAGUUAAGGAAGUAAAAAUGAAGAGAAAUUUAAAUCUAUUGGAGGAUCAAGAGCAAAGACAAAACAUCCAAGAUCAAAUUAAUAAAAAAAAGGAAAAUCUUAUAACAAUUAAUGAAUUGAUGCUUGGUAUGAAGAGACUGCAGAAAUUAGAUGAUGAUACAAAAUUUCAAAAGAUCGCGGAAGUGUUAGAUGAAGAUGGGGACGGAGCUAUUGAUCUUGAACAUGCAAUGAAAGUAAUAGAAUUAUUAGGAAAGGAAAAUGUAAAAAUUGGAUCCAGUCAAAUUGCAGAAAUAGUUAGUAUCCUAAAGAAGGAAGCUGUUUUAGAAGAGGAAGAUAAGAAAAAAGAGAAAGAACAGAUAGAAUCACAGGACAGGCAGAUUUAAGCAUACCAUUAAGAGUGAAUAUUUGUACUUUUACCAUAUGUUGUUAAGUAAAUUAAGUACAGUUCCAUUUUCGAUUAUUACUGUUUUUGCUUAGAAAAUGAAUGUGAAUUAUAGACUGUAAAUAUAAGUGAACACUUUUUGUGCCGCACAAUACUUCGUCUUUCAGUAAGAUUUUGUAUGCAAGUGUGGUUAAUGAAAGAAUCAAAAAAAUAUUUAAAAAACCUCAAGAACUGCUUAUUUAAUUAUAUUUAUCUGAAUGUUUAAAGGUUCGUUUACUUUGUGUCUAUCGUUCGAUGUUUGUAAUCGUAUUAACUUCAACUAUCGGAAGAGGGUGACGGACAUCGCAUAGUUCCAACGCCAUCUCUAUGCCUACAUCCAAAGUAACUGCCAUGUACACUUGGUAGUAUGGAAUCAUAAUUUAUUUUAUACAUUGGUCCUGGUAUUACUGAGGAAUAUGUGGGUGGUUCAUGCCUUGAUUGAAUAGAAAAUGCCGGAGCAUCAAGUUUUGUUUUAUGUCCUAGUUGAUAACGAGGGCAGUCGUUUGACUGAAAAGUAAAAUAAUUUCAUUAAAGAUUCCAAUAAAAAAGACAGGUAAAGACUUUCAAUGUUUUUGCUUUCCAUCUUCCUGACAAAGAAAAUGAUGGGCCUUUACCCAGAGUAGAUGAGAUACAGUAUCUAUUAGGUGCAGGAGAAUCUUCAUUUUUAACUUUUGGAUAAUUCUUAGACUGUAUUGUAAAAGCUGGCUGAGAACGAUAUAAUUUUGAAUCACUUGGACCAAUGUUUCGCAGUUUAGGAUCUGCUAAAGAAAAGUAAUUAAACUUUCUUCUAUGACAGAAAUGUUUCUAGAUGUACCAUCUCGUUUUAAAGAUUGAAAAAAAUUUCGACCCUUUAUGGAAAUUUCUGGACCUUUAUUAACUCCUGUAUUUGUUAAAAACUUAGCGAUCAUUACUUUUCCCGGUCCAGGACCACACCCAAUUUCUAAACAAUUGUAAUAAUGGUAAUUAUUCUAAAAAAACCGGUAAUUUAAGAACUAUAACCUUCCUUAGUCUUUAUUUUGCCUGCAAUAGAUAUAGCCGGAGCUCGUUUCUUGGUUACAUCGUGACAGUCAUAGGCAAAAGUCGAUGGAAGAAGGUAAGCAGCUGGUCCUGGUCCAACUAGACAACUAUUUUCCAUAUAGUUCUACUAAGAUAUUGAAUUUUUUACCUGAGCUAUUUUUAAAUACGUGAAAAGAGCACAUUUCAAAGAAAUGAUAACUCUAGAAUAAAAUAGUUAGAAACAUAUAGAUUGCAAUGUUAUGUAUUAAACUCUCAAUCAAAACAAAAAGGAUGGGAUAUUUUUAGGAAUAUUAUUUAAAUAUAUAUUCUGAUGUCAUUAUUCUAUUUCCAUUGCCGAACUUUCAACAUUUUUAGUUUGUUUUUUCUUUGUGGGAGUUUUCUUUGUUGUCUUUUCUUGUGGUUUGACUUCCAUCAUCUCUUCAUCUACAAAAAGAGUAUAUUUUACAUCUUGCUAUUUUAACAGAAAUAAGUUGAGUAGCUUAUAAGAGAUCAUAUACUUACCAUUUGUAGGGUUUGAACCUGUU